AUGGCGUCUCACCUCGACCGCAUCCUCGAGGGCACCUCCGACUCUCGUCCUCCGGCUGACGCUGAGAGCGAACUGCCUCGUACCGAGCCUGCCCCGUCGCCGCCGACGCGGGUCGAGGCGCCCCAGACUCAGGAGCAAGAGGGAGGCCCCGAGCCCCCCAGAUUGGGGGUCGAGGCAGACCCCAUUACCAUCAGCGACACGUUUGGUGGCAACGAGACGUCGGGGGAUGCCCACCCUAUGGAGGAGGAUGCGUCGACCUCCCUUAUCGCGGGACGGACUCCCUGGCUCGCUGGUCUUCGCGCCCUCGAGGAACAGAAGAUGAAAGAGGAGGAGGAUGAGGAGCGGGAGUGCGAGGCGACGCGGCAGCCGCAGGAGCAAGGCCGCGGGCAAGAGCCGCAGGAGCACGAGGAGCAACAACAGCAGUAG